UCUACGUGAGGUUAAAAUACAGAACCGACGGGGAACGGCCCCGCAGCCGUUAUAAAUCCCGGAUUUAUAAGGUUCGAUGCCAUCGGCAGCUAGAAGAAGGGUUCCUAGGUCUCAGAGCAGGCCCUGAUCGGCGCUCGGACUACACUUCCCAGCAGCCUUCACGCCGCGGACAGGUCCUUCGCUGGGGGAAGGGGGAUUCCUGCAGAGAGCCGGCCGCAGCGGGUGGGCCAGGAGGGCAGACUCAGCAGGCAUGACUGGAGAGGGAAGUCCCAAUGGUGCUAGAAUGGUGCUGCAGUGGCAGAAGACGGCUCACGAGUGAGGUCUGGAAGAACGACAGGGAAGACAUCCAUCAUUUGCUCCAAAGUGUGCAAGUCAAACCCUGGGGAGAAUCAUGAUAACCCUGAUCACUGAGCAGCUACAGAAGCAGACUCUGGAUGAGCUGAAAUGCACACGCUUCAGCAUCAGUCUGCCUUUGCCUGAUCAUGCAGACAUCUCCAGCUGUAGGAACCCUUUCCAGCUUGUGUCUGAAGGUGCUUCCUGGAGGGGCCUGCCCCAUUGUUCCUGUGCCGAGUUCCAGGACAGCCUCAACCUCAGCUACCACCCAUCAGGCUUGAGCCUGCACCUCAGACCACCCAGUCGGGAAAGCUCCCCACAGGAGCAGCCCCUCUCCCAAGUCCUAAGCCCUGAGCCCCCAGACCCAGAGAAGCUUCCUGUGCCCCCUGCCCCUCCAUCCAAGAGGCACUGCCGCUCACUCUCAGUGCCCGUGGACCUGUCUCGCUGGCAGCCAGUGUGGCGGCCCGCCCCCUCCAAGCUGUGGACUCCCAUCAAGCACCGGAGCAGUGGUGGAGGGGGUGGGCCGCAGGUGCCUCACCAGAGCCCCCCGAAGCGGGUCUCCAGCCUCAGGUUCCUCCAAGCUCCCAGUGCCUCUUCGCAAUGCGCUCCAGCCCACAGACCCUACAGCCCUCCUUUCUUCAGCCUGGCCCUGGCCCAAGAUUCUUCUCAACCUUCUGCUGCCUCCCCUCAAAGUGGCUCCUGGGAGAGUGAUGCUGAGUCCCUGUCACCUUGCCCACCCCAGCGUCGCUUCUCUCUGUCACCCAGCCUGGGUCCACAGGCAAACCGCUUCUUGCCCUCUGCCCGGAGUUCCCCGGCAUCCUCCCCAGAGCUGCCCUGGCGACCUCGAGGUCUCCGCAAUCUUCCCCGAAGCCGCUCACAGCCUUGUGAUCUGGAUGCCCGCAAAACCGGGGUCAAGCGGCGGCACGAGGAGGACCCCCGGCGUCUGCGGCCUUCUUUGGACUUUGACAAGAUGAAUCAGAAACCCUACUCAGGAGGUCUCAGUCUCCAAGAAACAGCUCGAGAAGGCAGCAGCAUCUCUCCACCGUGGUUCAUGGCCUGUAGCCCUCCACCCCUCUCUGCUUCCUGCAGCCCCAUUGGGGGUUCCUCCCAGGUGCUGAGUGAAAGUGAAGAGGAGGAGGAGGGGUCUGUGCGGUGGGGGCGGCAGGCCCUGAACAAGCGGACACUGUGCCAGCAGGACUUUGGGGAUCUGGACUUGAAUCUGAUUGAGGAGAACUAAAAACUGAGGCUAUUUCCUGGGGCCACACAGACUGACUCUCUUAUGGCUACUAACAAGUGUCGAGGCCCCAAGGCUGGGGGCCCAGCCUGGGAAUGGGGGUGAGUGGAGGGCUCCGACUCAGGGCAGCCGGAAAUCUUCUCGCUCCAGCAAGCUCGACCAUGCCGAGAGACUGGCCGGGACAAGAUAAACGGAGCUGGUGGCGGGAGGGACAGCCCCAGAGCAGACCCUUCCCAUGGCGGCCCUGAGUGUGAGUAUCCCUGCCACCGAGAGAGCAAUGGGCAGGGAAGGAAGGGGUCUGCGGACCCCAGCUCGGGGAAUUUCACUAGCCCCUUUGCUUCAAAGGGCACUCGUGUCUUAGAAUUUGGCCAGGGUGGGGGGUUCAGUCAGCCUCCUCAGAAAAAUUGUGUGAGAGUGUGUGCGUGCAUGGGAGUAUACUUGAGGAACUGUGUGUUUGCGUAGCCUUAGGGAAGGAAGGCAAUUGCUCCUUAACAGCAGAGCAUCAUGAAACCCCCAGGAUCUUGAAUUUUUACGGGACAGCAGGCUUGUUCAAGGAGUCAGAGGAGGGUACCAAAUUUUCCUUUUUUCUAAAUAGCUCUAGAACCAGGCUUAUGAUCCAUAGUAUCACUGACUCUGCAAAGGAUUCCGUUUCGGGAUAUAGCAGGGUUUUUUACGUUCUGUGACCACAACUGAGGGUCGUUUGCUCAGCCCCAUCCCCUCCCCACUAGAGAGAUCUAGUGUUAGGGGCUAUGGGGUAGGGGGUCACCGCAUUUAUUCUGAGCUGGCCUUUUUUUCUCAUCAGAUUGUCGAGGCUGUCUACAACCUGCCUCUCUUGCUCUCUGCAUAGAUGCAAACACAUGUUGGCAACUGAGGCAAGGUUGAAGGGGUACAUCUCUCUUUUCUUUACUGGGAGACCCCUUUCUCCUCAUCCUCUGACCUUCCAUGUCAGAGACAAGGUAGGAGGGCCCUGUUUUUGGUCCCCAGCAUGUAUUGAGGCAGACCUGCCACAGCAGAAGUGGCAUUUGGUCUCUAGCAGAUAUGAGUGAACUUA